AUGGGAGAUAUGGAGGUAGAUGAAAUUGAAGCCGUGCUUGAGAAAAUCUGGGAUCUUCACGAUAAGCUCAGCGACGCCAUACACUCAAUUUCUCGUGCUCAUUUCUUGAAUUCCGUGAAGAACAGGAAAUCCGGCGAGAUUUAUUGUCCCAGGAAGAAGAAAUCCGGGGACGAUGACUUGGAGAACAAGGUCGGGCCGGGUUUUGUGUUCGUGAAGGAGUACCGGGCUGACGAGGAUGAGCCGGCGGUUCAGGAGACGAAGAGCUUGUACGCCAUCCGCACCGCGCUUGAGAAUCUGGAGGACCAGCUGGAGUUUCUCCAUACCGUGCAAACUCAGCAACGAGCAGAGAGAGAAGCAGCGGUUGCCCGUCUAGAGCAGAGCCGCAUUAUCCUUGCAAUGCGGUUGGCUGAACAUCAGGGGAAGAAUUACAAAGUCAUUGAAGAAGCGCUUGCUUUAAUAGGCGAUGUACGAGACGCCAGCCGACUCGUUUCGCCCGAAAAUCUGUAUGGCUCGACCCCUUGUCCGUCGCGCCAGAGUUUUGGGCCACAGAAAGGGAAGAACCCAAAUGCUCUUUUCAAUUUUUUCAUCUCAGGCUUUACUUCUGUUUCCAAGUCCCUUAAAUUUGAUCGUGCUGUUGGGAUCAUGGGGAAUGCCGCCUUGUUUGCUAUCAGCAUGCUCGCGUUUAUGCAUUUGAAUCAAGUUGGCUGUAGGGAAAAACACACAUUAGAGGGUUUUAGCCGAGAAAGCAAGAAAGUUCCAAUUGAUCGUUUAGAGUGCUUGGAUGUUAUGCUUGCGAGGGGUUAA